AUGGCCAUGGCGACUCCAGCAGACUCCAGCAUACCGCCAGCCGAAGCCCCAAUACGCCUUCCCUCGAAUCCCACUCCCCUCUCCGCACCACAGGAACAGCAAGUCCGAGAUCUAUAUUACAAAAACGUGCGCGCAAAAUGCGCUGCUGAGAUAGCAGCCUUCGCCACCUGCGCUACCGGGCGCACCUUCACCAUGAUCUACGCAUGUCGUCCUCAAAAACUCGCCAUGAACACGUGCAUGUUGCAAUACCAGGGGCAGGACGAACUUGAUAAAGCUCGCGCAGAGUGGUUCGCGCUCGCCGGAGAGCGGCGCCGAGAGAAAGAAGAAAGGGCGAGAUUGGUGGAGGAGAGCAAGAAGAGGCAUAAGGAUUGGUGGGGCUUGGACGAGAAGGGGAGGUUGCAGGGAAAAAGGUUGGAGGAGAAGCUGGAGCGGGACAAGGAGGAGGGGCGAUGA